AUGAAGUUCUUACUUAUCCUGGCCUUCAUAGGAGCAGCUGUUGCUUUCUCCGAUGAUGAUGACAAGAUCGUUGGGGGAGAAACAUGCCAGGAGGCUUCUGCCCCUUACCAGGUAUCCCUGAAUGCUGGUUACCACUUCUGCGGUGGCUCUCUCAUCAACGAACAGUGGGUGGUGUCAGCUGCUCACUGCUACAUGUCCCGCAUCCAGGUGAGACUUGGAGAACACAACAUUGAGGCCACUGAGGGAAAUGAACAGUUUAUUAAUUCUGAAAAGAUAAUCCGCCAUCCUGGCUACAGCUACUGGACCCUAGAUAAUGAUAUCAUGUUGAUCAAGCUGAAGACUCCUGCUGUCCUUAAUAGUCAUGUGGCUCCCAUCUCCCUCCCCAAGGAGUGUGCCCCUGCAGGCACUGAGUGCCUCAUCUCCGGUUGGGGCAAUACCUUGAGCUCUGGAGCUGAUUACCCUGACCUGCUGCAAUGCUUGCGGGCUCCUCUUCUGUCUGAUGCAGAAUGCCGGGCCUCUUACCCUGGGGAGAUCACUGACAACAUGGUCUGUGCUGGUUUCCUAGAGGGUGGCAAGGAUUCUUGCCAGGGUGACUCAGGUGGUCCUGUGGCCUGCAAUGGUGAGCUCCAAGGUAUUGUCUCCUGGGGCUAUGGCUGUGCUCAGAAGGACAGGCCUGGUGUCUACACCAAGGUCUGCAACUUUGUGAACUGGAUCGAAGAAACUAUUGCUGCCAACAGCUAAACCCCUCCUUUCCCCUUGUCUCUUGUUCUGGA